AGAAAGAAAGAAAGAAAGAAAGACAGACAGACAGAAAGAAAGAAAGAAAGAAAGAGAGAGAGAGAGAGAGAACGAGAGAGAACGAGAGCAGGGCGAGCGCGCGCUCGUAUGCUACGCACGGCUUGCUGGGCUCUUGUCCUCCUCUUGUCCUCUGUGCUGGGCUCUGUGGCUGGGCCUUGUCCUCUUCUUGUCCUCCUCCUCUUGUCCUUGUCUUGGCCGCGCCCCUGAACUCUGUGGCCGGUCUCUGUGGCCCGGCUUACUGGAGAGGAGUGUGGCCGAACAAAUAGCGAUGUCAAUGCCGACAAAAAUUCAUUGAUGAAACAGUUUGCUCUUGGGGUGAAAGUAGGGCGUACCAAGAAAUCGAUUUUUGACUAAUAUUGGUCUAAACGAAUCGUUUUGAAACUGUUUGGGGUCUAUGCUUGUAUAAUUUUCUGUUGCUAUCGCAAUGCGAGAGUCAGAGUAGCGCGGUUAGCUUUGCUGCUCCAAGGAACCCAAAGAAAUCUUUUGCAGUCCGGACAGGGAGUUGCACAUCUACAGGUGCUUGUGUCCAAAGUCCAAACUUUCCAGCAGAUUAUCCGAACGAUGAAGAUUGCAACAUUUGGGCAUCUUCCGAGGAUCCAAUCUACAUCACCCGAUUUGAUGUAGAGUGGCACUUCAGCCGCUUGACCAUUGGAGGCACGUAUUAUACUGCGGGCACCCCGCCUCCACAAGGCAACGUCGUCAGCGCCAACGAAAUAAGUUGGACAUCUGGAAGCAACCUUAGAGCCUCAGGGUGGCAGUUGUGCUUCUCUGAGACGAGGUAUGCGAUUGACGCGGUGUCCUGCGACUUUGACGCAACUACCUGCGGGUGGCACUUUAGCGUGUUGUCCCCGUGGCGGCACGAAGAAAGCGAGAGUCCUAGCAACAGUUCUAGUAGGAAUGGUUUCUUAGUGGUUGACCAGCCACAGCAAUCAGGAAUUUUCACGAAUUUGUUUGAAUCAAAUCAGCACUUUGAGCAGCUAGCGUUCCACUACCGUUCAAAACAGAUUUCGGCCAAUCCCAAACUGGAACUUCGUUGUUUGGCUGCGACGUCGGCCUUGGAUUCCUUCACUGUCUCUACGAUUUGGUCUCUUGAGUUCAUUGAAGGCAGCAGCAAUGAUGAUUGGCAUGAGACCAAAGUGGUUGUGCCAGCAUAUGCACGUGGCUUCAUGUUUGUGUCUGCGGGAGUAGAAGCAUCUAUCGACAACAUCUAUGGGAGCAGCAAUAUGGAAAUUCCUUCCGCCUAUCUUUCGGUGGGUACCUUUGUAUCAUGCAUGCUUUUCGUUGGUACUGAGACUGUUCGUUGCUGGGGCGCCGGCUCGUUCGGAAUACUUGGGCAAGGCAGCACCAAAGACAUUGGUGAUGAUCCCGAUGAAAUGGGAGACAACCUAGAGCCUAUCGAUUUGGGUACAGGUCGAACUGUGAAACAAGUGUCUCUUGGGAGAGAUUUUACGUGCGCGUUGCUUGACGAUGAUUCGCUGAAGUGUUGGGGAUAUGGAGGAAAUGGAAACCUUGGCCAAGGUAGCACAGAGCAUAUUGGCGAUGAGCCCAAUGAGAUGGGAGACAAUCUGGCACCAAUUGAUUUGGGCCCCAAUCGAAAGGUGAAGCAUGUCGUCGCUGGAGGUUUGCACACAUGUGUGUUGCUGCAUGAUGAAACGGUUCUUUGCUGGGGUUUUGCAAGGCACGGCCAGCUAGGGCGUUGUUGCGCAGAAAACAUUGGUGAUAGCGAACAUGAGAUGGGCUACAGUUUAACUGCAGUUGAUCUGGGCUCAAUGCGAACAGCAAAACAAAUUACCGCCGGAUAUAUGCACACUUGUGCUUUGCUCGACGAUCACUCAGUCAAGUGCUGGGGGCAUGGUGUCUAUGGUCAGCUUGGCCAAGGAGACAAUUCUCAUCUUGGUGACGACGCUGAUGAAAUGGGAGAUCUCUUGGAACCGAUCGAUUUCGGCGAAGAUCGCAAAGCAAGGCAGUUGGCCUCCGCCAGCGGCUACGAUUUUCACUCAUGUGUUUUGCUUGAUGACGACUCGGUCAAAUGCUGGGGAUGGGGAAAUGCUGGAGUUCUUGGUCAAGGAAGCACUGAUAGCAUUGGUGAUGCUAUGGCUGAGAUGGGUGACUUUUUGCAUCCCAUCAAUUUUGGCGCCCUGUCAACUGUCGCGCAGAUUGACAUUCGCCUGUUUGGCGGUAGUAGCAUGCGAGGCCGGCUUCAGGUUCUGCACCGAGAUUCAUGGCGUGAUGUGUGUGACGACAACUGGCACGGCGCCGACGCGCAGGCGCUUGCUCCUUCAGAGGGUGGGGAGUUCACAAUUGUUUUUCCAAUGAAGCUGCUGGUGUUGAAUGCCAUGUUGACGUGUGACCUCGGAUCCCAUUGCCUUGUCUAUGGCUUGCAGGGCACAAGGCUUACAAAGGAUGACAAGCUGCUCGCCAUGAAAGAGUGUGGCACCUCACCGGCAACCUCCGCAUUUGUAGACCCACAACCAGUCCAUGGAUCAUACAGUGGCUUGGGCAACGUUACCUUUGACUUUGGGCUUUUGCCAUUGGAAGGUUUUGCAUCAGAGACUGUUCAGCUGUGUUGGUGCUCAGCUGGAUCGACGUGCAGCGACCCGGAGGACUUCCGCACACCUGCCAUGCAGCUGGAUGUGACUUGUCCUCCAGGCACCUAUGAACUUGUUGGAAGGACGAGGCGCUGCCAUGUGUGUCCUCCGGGCUAUUUUUGCCCCGGUGGGGUCUCUUUCAUGGCACAGCUCAAGCAGUGCCCUUAUGGCAGCACUUCAAGCAGGAGCUCGAGCUCUCUGCAAGCCUGCGAGUGUCGCCGUGGUCAUUUCUUGGAUGUGGAGACCGGUUCGUGUCUCCCUUGCUUGAUUGGAAGCUACAAGGAUGCUGUCGGUCCUUUCAUGUGUCAAGCCUGUCCACUACACACAACAACCGUUAGUGCAGGUGCCAUUGCAAUCAGUGAGUGCAUGUGUGCCAGUGAUUGGUUUGAUGUUCAACCUGCCCCGGAUGUGUUUGAUUGCACAAUGCAGUCAAGACUUCCACAGCGCUACGUGUCAAACGAUACGUUUGUAGGAUUUGCUUCCACGCAGCGACAGGUCUACUCCUUCAACGGAUCGAUCAGUGUCGAAGGUUUGUCUUUGGAGGACUUGAGAGGAGCUCUGGAGGCUUAUUUGGGUGAGCAUGGUUUGCUCACCAAGCGAGCAUCUUUUGAGUUGCACACCGCUGCUGAGGAGGCAACCGAUUCUUGGGUCAACUAUGAGGUUAUGAGCUCGGAGGAGGAGAGUGCGGCUGAGCUUAGUGCAAUGUUUGAGCCCUGGCCUUUCGCUGCUUGGGCCUUUCAAAGCUCUAGUUCCUUAGCAACAGCUGUGAUGCUGAAUCCAAGUUCAGUGAGGGAGCAGCUUUUGGAGUGCCCAGAGGGUAUGGCUUUUGCGCCAGGAAGUUUAGCCUCAGGGCUUGCAGAUUGCCAGUGUCCUCAUGGCAUGAUGCCUUCUGGCUCUGGCUCCAGCUUGAGCACUGGCUGUGUGAAAUGCCCACUCAGUUUUUACAAGGCUUCUGUGGGAGACUCACCCUGCACCAGCUGCAGCAUUGGCAUGGAGACACUCCAGGAGGGGGGCUGUGUCAUCAUCCGCCUGUUCCUGCUCAGCAGGCUUUGUUGCCCAGGCGUUCCGAGCACUUCCCUUGCGAAAGGAGAAGGAGCGCUCUUCCAUGGAAUUUAUCGGCUUUGCUUUUGCAUGCCAAACCCUCAUGAAGAUUGUGCGGGGGCGGGUUCCUUCAAAGCACCAGUUGGCUUACUAACCGCGCGCGGGCCUUUUGACCAGCUGAGCGAAUGUGAAGUGGACAGCAACUGCAGUGUGAAGCUAACGGGCAUCGGUUUGGAGAUGAAUGACCUGCUGGUCGUGACGAGUAGCUGUGAAACAGUACUGAGUUUGAGUGGCCUCGUGGUGGGUUCGCUGCACUUGGACAAUUCUUUGCGUGCUCACAUAGGAUGUAGUCGCUACAGCGGCUUGCGUUGCCCAGGACACUUUGAGUUAGCUGGUCUACACGCCCAACCAAGAGCACAGGAGGGUUGGUUCCAGACAGGCAACACGACUGCCGUCCAGUGCCUGGUUGAGUUGCCCAAUGGAGCUAGUGCGUGCCGCGGUUCUGCUCAGUGUGAGAAUGGCACACACUGCUUUGUCAACAAAUGCGUGGAUGGCUCAACUGGAAUGCUUUGCGGUGAAUGCCCCGAAAACUACGCUAGGAGCAAGUAUUUGCAGCUUUGCAAGAUGUGCCCGGACUCAGACUCUGGCUUGACUAUGGCCAUGAUGGUGCUGGCAGAUCUUGGACGCAUAACCUCUCUCAACUUUGCAAUGGCCUUACUGGCGGCCCAAGGAGCUGGAAAUGCUCUCAAGCUUGACUCUCCUAUGAUUCGCGUAGUGCAGAGCUGGAAAGAUGCAUGUAGCAUCCUUUUGAGCUUCAACUUGAAUCGCUUGCUACCGCUGAGUUCUGCAAGGGCAGAUACCGAAUGCGAAGAGUGUGACGAGCAGCACCAGCAAAGGUUCCAAUGGCCAAUGGAAAUCACCGCUGCCAUGGACUUCGUUCUCUCCUUGGUCUCCCUUGUUCCCGAGGUGAAUGUAGAUUUUGCAAUUCAGUGCCACGCAGAAGCCUUGCUUCCUGGCAGUAUGGCGGCCAAGAGGCUCGCGCCUGCCCUCUAUUACCUUUUCCUUCCCAUUUUGUCUGCGCUGAGCACAACUCUUCUUUGCGCCUUUGUGGUGUACGUUGUGGUCCCUUUGGCAAAACUGAAAGGCAUUCACUUCAACGACGCAGAUAAGGAGACUGCAAAACGUGCAAAGUACAUUCGUAAAGUGGUGAAACGGGCACACGAGCGGCCGCGCCCAGAGAAUGCUGAGCUUGUGUUUGCCAACGUCCUGAGUGAAAUAUUGGCAAAGAAUAUCAAAGACGCCAAGCAGCAAGAGGUCGAGAAGCGUUUGCAAGAUUCAGAAGUGGAAGAGAUUUUGAAGCAUGUGGCCGUCAAAGUCGCGGAACAACGGGAUUCUGAUGUGGAAGAGCUCUUGAAGGAAAGGGCUGUGGAAGCUUGGAAGUCGAGGGAAGAAGGCGGCUCCGUGGGCGGGUUGGGCGCCGCUGGCCUGGUUCACCCAAACUGGUCAAGCGUGCAAGUGCUGGCCGGACGAAUUGACGGGAAUUGGUGGUAUGAUGCGUUAUGGCGAUAUGAAGUGAACUUGAGGUUUGAGGCCCUCAAGUGCGCAAGCUUUGGUGGCCUGGGACACGACA